GAGUGAAGGGAGUCAGUGUUUACCAUGGUGUAGGGUGAGUGGGAUACACACACUCUCCUCCCUCAGUAAAGUCAUCACUUGAAUUUAGUGGGCCAACUUCCAAUGAAAAUUGUGCGUUUGUAUAUAUAUAACGGGACACAUUUUUUGAAACCAUACACUUUAUCACAUAAAGCCAAACUGUUGUAAUACAUCAAAGCAGAUGUAGAAAGUUACGACUUUGGUGUUGAAUCACUGAAUGGGGAAACGUGAAUGUUUGUGACUGGAGGAAGUGUUAGGAUAACAAGGUGAAACUCUUGACGAAGGGCGUUACUAGAACCUGGAGUGUGUCUGCUGCAUACUUUAAAUACCUAGAAGUCAAAUCACCAUAGUGAAACCAAGGCACUGUGAUGGAGGAGGGUGAAGAGACUUCAUCACUAUAGGCCUACACGACAACACCAUGAGCCACACCAAGACCAGGGGUACUUGGGCCCCUGGUACAGAGGUUGUGGCACGUUUUGCUUUCUCUGGUACGUCUGCAGAUGACUUACCCUUUCUCAAGAUGGACAGAUUAACCAUUGUUAGACCGACCAAUGAUCUAAACUGGGUUAAAGCAAGGAACAGAAAUGGAGAGGAAGGCAUGAUACCCACAUCAUACGUAAUGGAGUGGAGAAAAGAAGUCAAGUUGAAUACCAUGGCCUGGUUCCAUGGUAAAAUUACCCGAGAUGAUGCAGAAAGCUUGUUAAAUCCUCCUGAGGACGGUCUUUUCCUUGUCCGAGAGUCAACAAACUUCCCUGGCGACUAUACCCUCUGUGUCUGCUACGAAGGCAAGGUUGAGCAUUAUAGAGUUAUAUACAAAGACAACAAGUUAACCAUUGAUGAAGAAGAAUUUUUUGAACAUCUAACAAAACUGGUUGAGCAUUAUGAGAAAGACGCAGAUGGUCUGUGCACUCAACUUAAGCGAUCGGUUCCAAAACAAGGCAGACGAGAAGAUGCCGUAGACGCAGUGAAGUUAUUCAAGGCUGCGGGCUGGUCCAUAAACAGACAAGAUCUGAAGCUGCUGGACUCUAUAGGAAAAGGAGAAUUUGGUGAUGUUCUGCUUGGUGAAUGGAUAGGACUGAAGGUGGCAGUGAAGAGGCUGAAGGACAGCAGCAGAGCAGCCCAGGGCUUGUUGGAGGAAGCCUCACUGAUGACGAGUUUGAAGCACAAUAACUUAGUGAAUCUUUUGGGUCUAGUGUUUGAAGACUCGUGCAUCCUGCUGGUGACGGAGUUCAUGAGUAAAGGCUCCCUCGUGGACUAUCUGCGGUCAAGGGGAAGACUACAUGUUACUAAAAGAGACCAGAUCAACUUUGCAUGUCAUGCUUGUAGUGGCAUGGAAUACUUGGAGUCCCAGAAGGUGGUUCAUCGUGACUUGGCUGCUCGCAAUGUUCUUAUAAGCGAGGAGGGGGUAGCGAAGGUGUGUGAUUUUGGUCUGGCCCACGAGAUGAAUCUGAAACUGGAUGGUGGAAAGUUUCCAAUUAAAUGGACUGCACCAGAGGCUCUCAGACACAGUAAAUUUUCCAAUAAGUCAGACAUGUGGUCAUUUGGUAUUCUUCUGUGGGAGAUCUACUCUUUUGGUAGAGUUCCAUAUCCACGAAUUCCAUUAGCGGAUGUGAUGAAACAUGUUGAGAAGGGUUACCGCAUGGAAGCCCCUGACUGCUGUCCCCCAGAGGUGUAUCAGUUGAUGAAGGAGUCCUGGGAUUUGGAUCCCCAUGAACGGCCCACAUUCCACGAGGCACAUGAACGUCUGGCACAGCUGCAACACUCAACUUUGGCAUGACCUAAUUUGGGAGGAUAAAUAAAUAUAUAUGGUGCCAAUACUAGAUGAUGAUAGCUGCAAAGUAGUGUCCAUUAUGGUGUAGUGAUAAAAAAUCAAGAAUAAUAUUUGUGCCAGAUAGAAGAAAUGUGUAGUGUGCACACUAAUGGAAAAUGAUAUAUUCUACUGUAAUACUAACAGAUAAUCUGAAUUUUACUGAAAAGUAGAUUAUUUUGUCCAAUGACUUGAAAAUAAUGCUGGACUGGAGAUAUAACUCUGUAAUGUGUUUCAUUACAUGUGUAUAAAACCAAUCAGGUAUUAGCCCAGGGCACCUGAGCCUAUUGUCCCUCCACACUUGCUUCAAAUAGUGUCUUGUCUUGACUACAUGACAACCUUUUGAGUUGAAUAUUUUUCCAUUAUGAUUUAUUUGAGUCAUCAGUUAUAUAGAACAAGAAUGGAUGUGUAUUUGGUGUCAGUGUUUUAUGUAAUGGCCUCUUGCUUUAGGAGAUGGUGCAACAUGUUAUUUCUCCUUCCCAAUAGCUUUAUAUAGCAGUGAGAAAUGAGCAGUGGUGGAAACUAUUUGCUGUAUUUGGAAAUUGUGUAUGUUCCUGUGUAGUGUACAGCUGACAAUAUAUUAUUGGCUCUUGUGUAUUAUAGUUAGAAUAUUUUCCUGAUUUAUCAUGCAUAGAUAAGUAAAGUGUGCUUCAAGUAGCACUUGUAUCAGGACAAAAUCAUAGUUGGUAAACACACUUAAGUUGACUGCUGCUCCUCAAGUGUUCCUUCCCAUCAACAACUGCAUUCAUAAAACAUAUUGUUGCUCACUGAACUGUUUAGUUUCACAAAACAUGUAUUUUUAUUAAAAAGAGUAAACAUUUUAAGCAAGUGAAUCAAAGUGUUUUAGCUACAUUGAAAGUUAUUAUGAGUGCAGUGAUUAACGGGAUGUGGCAAAUGUUGCUAAACCUGAGUGUGUUUAUUGGGUAUGGGCCUUGAUGUGUCUUCAGAUAUUCUAAGAAAGUAGCCAUUUGCUAACUUCUGAUAUACUUACUUCUGUUAUGAACAUUACAUUAAAAUGUGUUUAUGAAGGUAUGAUUUAUGUGAUUGUUUUUAUGGCUUAAUACUGAGAAUUCUAUGGUGUUAUGAAGUUGUACGUGAUACUACUAGAAGACGACUUAAACAUGGAUGGAAUUAUAUCACAAAUGGCCACAGUACGUUCAUAUACGUAUCUAAUUUUUGAAGUUUUUUGAAUUUUAUCUUUUGUGUUCUCAUGCUUUCACACCAUUUAGAUGUUAAAUGAUUACUUUGUUAAUAAAUGGAAUAUUUACUGUAGUUCAGCAUCAUUAGUUCAUUGUUUUAAGUAUGCUUUUUAUUAUUAUUUUUGUUUUUAUAUCUUUUUUAGGAAUCAGUCAAUAGGUUAUGCAUAAUGAUAUAAACAAGGAGAUAUCUGACUGGUGGUGCGGCCACACAGUAGCCACUCUGAGGAUGGGUGUCUGCUUCAGGCUGAGUAGUGUUCUAGCAGGGAUUAAAAGGAAGCAUAUCACAGUAUAAUUUUUGAAACUAGAAGUUGGCUCACCAAUGGAGCAUCAGUACAGUGUAGACUCUAUAUAGCUUAGUGUAAACCAGCUCUAUUAGUAUCAAAUAGAACAAUUUAGACAUUGUGCUUGAGUAAAUUUGUAAAUUUUUCCUGUUUGUUCCUUUAUUUAGGUUAUUGUAUUAAGAAGUUUUUCUGGACUAAAUUUGUAAUUUCUUCUUGUUUUCCUUUAUUUGGGUUGAUGCAACAAGAGUACUGUAUCUAGUUUCUCAUAAGAGUUUGUAAAAGAAAAUCAGAGAACUCUUGGUGCCCAUUGGUUUAGUGUACUGUACAUGAGAAGUUAGAUAGAACUUGAUACCUGAUGCUUUUGUCAAUGUUCAAUUACAUUUCUGAUUACCUUAAUCAUCCAAGCCCAUAGAAGUUGACUAUUCUGUGGGACAGGGUACUAGAUUUUUUCUUGAGGUUGUCUCUGAAUUAUUAUUUUUUAAUGAGUAGCUCAUGUAAUACUGUACUACAGGCAUCCACAUGUUACAGAAGGGACGCGUGAAAUUCCUUAGUGCUAUUUUUUUUCCUCUGAAUCCCAUUAUAUAAAUGGAGAUGCAUUUCUAAGGACAUUUUUUGACCCAAAAAUAUGACAAAAUUAAAAAUUAAAAUAAACUUUCUUAAGUCUAUUAAAUGGAAAACUAAAUAUUUUAUGGUAUAAAAUGAUAUUAAAAAACAAAACACUCAAAUUUAACUUGCUAGAAAUGAAUGACAUUAAACACUCGGGGAAAAGAUGGCGAGAAUGUCGCUUAAACACAUGUGAUCUACUGUACAUAUAGUCAACACAAAGCAUCCCAAAGCCCCCCUACUGAUAAAAUAAUAUGAACCUAAUGAUCGUAUCAGUAAACGGAUUUGGGAACCAAGAGAGUGUAAGGAUCACACAGUUGCAGAUGUAGGCAAGUCUGGCAGUGUGAGACAGGUGUUAUUCAUGCCCAUGCUUGCUGGUAAACAAUGGCAUUAUGAAAUUCACACUUUCUUUGUUAAUUAUAAUCUAUCUUUUCACUGAUUUAUUUUUGUUGAAAUAAAAAAAAAAUAAUGGUAAUAAUAUUACUUCCAUGAUGGCAAAUUAUUGUUCUAUGCCUUGAAUUUAGUGGUUAUAAUUCACAAAUUCCAUAUGGAUGAAUUUUUUGUGACCCAAAAUGUUGGUAACGCUGGGGAUGACUGUAUCUUCCUUUGUUUUUGCUGAAAUCAAAGUUUUGUGAUUAUAAUCUUCCAUUCUCAUAUUUUUUAAAGUGAACCCAAUAGGGCUCUCAAAGGUAGUUUAAAGUGGUUAAACAUUGGUAUUAAUUAAAAAAAAUUAUUGAUGGUAUUUCUGUAAAUGAUAAAGCUUCCUACAGGAAAGCUUUACAGCAGCACUGCCCCAAAUUUGAAGAUAUAAGACUGUAUGUGCAGGACUCCCCCAAUGGUAGUUAAAAUCUGUUGAAUAAUUAGAGCAUUGUACAAGAUAUUGGAAGAGUUCAGAGUUGACAAAAGGAAUUCUUCAAAUGACUGCUGUUAAAAGAAUAAAAAUUCAAAGGUACCUUAAUAAUUGCCAAUACAGUACUGUAUGUACUUCAAAUAUACAUAAUCAAUAAUCCAACUAAAUAAUCGAGUACCUCUGUUAUCUGUGAUAAUUGGAGGUGGACCUAGACUGUAUGAGACCGUUGCUUGAAUGUUCUGGAAUUAGUGGAACAACAUUCAUGAAUAUUUCGAUAUGUUAAGUUAAAGCUGAAGCAGAGAUGCUGUUUUAGUAACUUGGGUUAAAAUGUUUAAUCAAAUUUAUAACACUUAUUCAAAAUGCAAUUAUUAAAGAUUAGGCGACUUAAGACAUGUGUCAAUGCCAGAGUUAAGUACUGUAUGGCAACCAAAGCCAAUGGUACAAAACAAGGACAUAAAACAUUGUAUCCAGAAACUAUUCGAAACAAUUCCAUAUUGUAGAUGUUUUCAUAAAUUGGAUUCAACAUUAUUCUCAUAGAUCGGUUCUCACUUUUCUCUUCCAGUAAAUGAAUUUUGAUGCAGAAUUUAACCUCAUAAUCAGUUUUAGGGAGAAGAAUUUAUCAGUAAUGGUCAACUAUUGUUUGGUAUUAUGCGUGCAGUAAGUAAAUGUGGAUUAAGGUGUAACAUUAUAAUUUACCGGGUAACUGAUUAUUAUUGGAUGUAAGUAAGGAUUUGGAUUACAUAAUUAUUUCUAUUUUUGAUAUGUAAAGAAAUAUGCUGGAAUGAAUUGUAAUUAUGUUACAGACUCAUGUAAACCUUUGUAGUGUACGUGGAUUUAGUCUCCUUAAUAUAUUUUAAUGUAAUACAUAUAGAGAAAUUUUAAAAUUGGACUCGAUAUGAAAUUGGUCCACUUAAUAUAUGAAAUGCAGUACAUUAUGCAAGCCUUUAACCCAGUAUUUUUCCAGAGUGCUCAAGAGAGUGAGAGAUAUAGAUUUAAGGGAAAGUCAAAUAUGUGUCCAGAAUAACAGUUUUGAGCCUAAAACCUAUACAUACAGGAGAGUGAUUAAGUUCAAGGAUUACUUCAUGAUGACUAUUUAGGCAGAUGUAGCUAGCAUAGGUUAACUUACACCUUCUUUUCAGCUAUUAUUUGCUUCCUUCAUUGGUUAUUAGUUGGAACUGUUGAGGUGCAGUACGUAGUUCUAAUACUGAAGCCUAUCUGUUAAUCACCAAAUACAUCUUGAAGGUUCUGUUGGACUCUAUUACAUCUCCUGUACCAUUGUCUUUUUAACUAGUCUCUGUGUUUGGAAAGGAAGCAUGUUGUAAAUAAUUAUAAAAGUUCCAUUGCAUGUUUCCCUUUUAAGUUGUAACAUAUUCAAAAUUCUUUCAGCAGUAUUUGAAUAAGAUAUUGAUGUAAAUAAAAUUAGCUGAUCAGUAUUGAAUAUAAUUUGUUUUAAAUGACGAAUUGAUGAAUUCAUUCUAGGAGCGAGACCUCGGCUCAUUCUUGAUUUCCUGGCGACAUAUUAUUUCAUUAGGAAAGAAAGCAGUUUUGAAUAUUCAAGGUUAGUAAACAGUUUUAUUAAUUUUUUAACAUUUGUAUUGUAUAAAAAAAUGGGUCUAUAAUAGACCAAUGAAGUUGUUUAAGUAGUGGUGUCCUGGUCAUUAGGUUAAGCCAGAUGUUUGUAGUACAAGAGGGAUAAAUGGAAAAAUCCAAGGAAUAUUUACAAUCAGAUUUGCUUGUAAGUGCAAACUGUUGAUUUUGCAUGUUACUCUACUGUUGCAGGCAUUGAUCUGUUACAUAGUGAAGUUUGUUUGAAUCAUUGAGAAUUGGAUAAUGAAAGCUUAAAAAUUAUCUUAGCUUUUUAUGAACAAAUCUGACUUUGUGACUUUUAUUUAAUUGUUCUUACCUGGAGAACAAUAAAAUUAUGUUACAUUUUCACCAUAUUUUUCCUUCAUACUGCCUUCUGAGAAGUUUUGGCUCUUCAUGGUAUGAAGGGACAGUUAUUGUAUUCUGUCAGUUUCCUCAGAUGAUGUUUGUGUAUGUGUAAAAAUGAACAAUGUUAAUUAUUUGUGUUUUUCUGUGUGGGAGUGGUCAAUGCUGCUACAGUAAUUUGACUUCUGUACAUAUAUAAAUGGAACAGAACAUCCUUAGAACAAAACUAUGGGGAAAAAAAGUACAUUGUAACUUCAAUGCUGUAUAUCUAUCAGGAGUUUGAAAAUAAAAUAAAAUAAAUUAAUAUCUGAAAA